AUGUCGACAUCCGAGCAGACUUACGAGCUCAUCACAGCGACCAGACACGACCUCGUCCUGCUCGAUGCACAGUGGAACACGGACGCCAACGGGGGGCAGCCGAGCGCGUUCAUGCUCCUCCGUCUUCACCAUUCCCGUUUCCUUGACGCUGUAGCCAUUCACUCUUGGUCAGACGUAUCCCUCGCUUGGGAGCACUUUGAACGCGAAUGCACUCGCGCAGUAGAGUCAUACGACGGUCCAGGAAAUGGCGGUCCCUUGAAGGUCCGACCCUCCUUCUCCCGCUCCGGAACACUCUCCAUUUCAGUCGCACCUGCAGCGCCCUUCGCGCACGAUCCCCUCCUCCCCUUUGAAAUUACGCACUCCAUCGACUCUUUACCGUCACCUCUCCGAUCGGCACCGCCUCUUACCCUCUAUCUCGACACCGAACCCACGCCUGCCUCUGUCUUCACCCGCACGAAGACCUCGCUACGCACACCCUACACCUCUGCACGCGCCCGAUUCUCUCUACCCGCCUUCGGAGGUGACUCAGACGUACUAUUAUGGUCCGAAUGUGCACCUGCGGCUGCGAGUCGAGCUGCGCGUGGUAUGACCACGGAGACCACGGUGCGCAACGUCGCUUUUUUCAGAGGCAGGAAAUGGGUUACGCCUGCGGAGGGCACGGGCUGUCUCACUGGAGUCAUGAGAAGAUGGUUAAUCGACAGUGGGAAAGUCGUGGUGGAUGGGGAGGAUGCCAGGAGGAAGGUGCUGUGGAAGGAGAAGAUUAAAGAUGGGGAGAUGGUGCUGGUAUUCAAUGCAGUGGAGGGAUGUCGCUUAGCGGUAGUCAAGCUGAAGAAGCCUUGA